AUGAGGGUUGAUGACAGGCUGAUGACUAUUAAGCUAGUUAUCGGAGGUUUUACUUUGAACACAAUCAGUGCGUACGCACCCCAAGCAGGCUUGGAUGAGGAAGUCAAGAGGCGUUUCUGGGAGGAUUUGGAUGAGAUGGUACGUGGUAUCCCGCAUAACGAGAAGCUUUUCAUAGGAGAAGAUUUCAACGACCACAUUGGAGCGGCGUCUGGGGGGUAUGAUGAUGUGUAUGGUGGCUUUGGUUUUGGAGAUAGAAACGGAGGAGGAACGUCUCUGUUGGACUUUGCUAGAGCAUUUGAUUUGGUGAUAGCAAACUCGAGUCUCCCAAAGAAGAGGGAGUACUUGGUCACCUUCCGGAGUUCGGUGGCCGAGACUCAGCUUGAUUAUUUACUCUGCAGGAAGUACGAUAGAGGUCUUUGUACGGAUUGCAAGGUCAUCCCAAGGAAGUUGCGAGAGAGGUAUCAGGGGUCUCAAAGGGUUACUCUGAUGGUCACAAAGGAGACUGGUGGUGGAAUGGAGAGGUGCAAGGAAAUGUGGAAACCAAGAAAGCAGCGUAUCUGA